AUGUCUAUUCAUCACCAGUAUUAUAAGACAGGGAGCCUCAUGAUUGGUGGGACUUCCUCUCAGAUUAUUGGAUUUCUUGACCCACCUUCCUUUAGAGAAUAUCCUAACUUGGAUUCAAAAUUUUUAAUGUUUGUGACAAAGAAUUAUCAGCAUGUCUUGGCCUUUGUAUUUGCUGUAAGUGAGAUAAAUGAAAAUCUCCACAUCUUGCCCAACAUCUCCUUGGGAUUCCACAUCUCUGAGAGUUACUUCAUUGAGAAUAGAUUGUAUCAGAUUGCCAUGGAUUUUUUCCCCACAAGAUAUAAAUUCAUCCCCAAUUAUAAGUGUGACAUUCAGAAAGACUUGAUAGCAGCCAUUGGGGGUCUGGGCUCUGAAACAUCUCGCCAUUUGGCUGCCAUUUUGGACAUCUACAAGCUGCCACAGUUCAGUUAUGGUGAUUUUGCCCCUGUGUUGAAUUCCCAUUUCCCUAAUUUAUACUGGAUGAUUCCAAAUGAAAUCCAUCAAUACAAGGGGAUUGUUCAACUACUUCUACACUUCAGAUGGAUGUGGGUGGGUCUAAUGAGCUUUAAUGAUGACAGUGGAGAAUAUUUUCUGAAGAACUUUCAACCAAUACUUUCUCAGAAUGGAAUUUGUUCUGCCUUCACAGAGAAAAUUGCUGCAACAUAUAUUUUUGAUGAAUUACUAAAAUUGCAAGAAAGUUGGAACAAAACAUUUGUCAACAUUAUGGAAAGUAAAGCAAACACUAUUAUUCUCCAUGGAGAAACUAAGGCCAUGAUAGCCUUGAGAUCAUUGCUUCAGCAAGGAGAAAUUGACUAUGGGAAAGUAUUUAGUAAAGUGUGGAUUAUGGCUGCUCAGUUGGAUUUUGUUGCAGUGGCCUUUCAAAAAUAUUGGAGUAUAGAAGUCUUCCAUGGUGCCUUAGCCUUUUCAACUCACUCAAAAGAUAUGCCAAAAUUCCAAAAUUUUCUUCAAAACGUAAGGCCUGAUUUAGCUAACUCAGAUGGCUUCAUCCAACCAUUUUGGGAGCAAGCAUUUGACUGUUCAUUUCCAAAUGUCAGUUUUUAUGAUGAUGAUGUGAAAACCUGCUCUGGGGAAGAGAGCUUAGAGAACCUUUCUGGUCCUUUCUUUGAAAUGAGCAUGACUGGUCAUAGCUACAGUAUCUACAAUUCUGUCUAUGCUUUGGCAAAUGCUGUACAUGCCAUGUACUCAUCCAGAUCCAGAUCUAGAAUAAUGGUCGCCAUAGAUCACAAGAAUAUGCAGCCAUGGCAGCUCCAUCCAAUUCUGAGGAACAUCACAUUUAACAACAGUGCUGGAGAAACAGUGCAUUUCAAUGAGGAUAGGCAAUUGACUUUGGGAUUUGAUAUUACAAAUGUGAUAACUUUUCCAAAUAACUCCUUUGUAAGAUUGAAAGUGGGAAGAAUGAAUCCUUGGGCUUUUCCAGGGAAAGAACUGAGCAUUGAUGAGGAUGCCAUCACCUGGCCCAGAAGCUUUAAUCAGGUGAUGCCCCUUUCUCUCUGUAAUGACAAGUGCUAUCCUGGUUAUCAGAAGAGAAAGAAGGAAGGGAAGCCAUUUUGUUGCUAUGAUUGUGUGCCAUGUCCAAAGGGAAAGAUUUCUCCACAGACAGACAUAGAUUUCUGCAUUGCAUGUCAAGAAGAUCACUAUCCAAACAAGGAACAAACUCAAUGCAUUGCCAAGGUAGCAAUCUUCUUGUCUUAUGAGGAACUGUUGGGGAUGACUUUAGCCAUUUUUGCACUUUUGUUUUCCUGGAUCACAGCUCUGGUGCUAGCAACAUUUAUAAAGCACCACAACACUCCCAUUGUCAAAGCCAACAACAGGAACCUCACCUACACUCUCCUCAUCUCUCUCCUGCUCUGCUUCCUUUGUGCUUUGAUAUUUAUUGGCAAGCCAGAGAAGGUGACGUGUCUCCUCCGUCAAACUACAUUUGGCAUGGUCUUCUCAGUGGCUGUGUCUGGUUUGUUAGCAAAAACCAUCACAGUGGUUGUGGCUUUCAACGCCAGCAGGCCCGGAAGCAGCAUGAGGAAAUGGGUGGGGAAAAGAGUGGCCAACUCCAUUGUUCUUCUCUGCUCCAUUAUACAAGCAACCAUUUGUACUGUAUGGCUGACUACCUCUCCCCCAUUCGCAGAUGUUGACAUGCACUCAGUGGCUGAAGAAAUUGUAUUGGAAUGUAAUGAGGGAUCUGUGACAAUGUUUAGUUGUGUCUUGGGUUACAUGGGUUUCCUGGUUUUUGUAAGCUUCACUGUGGCUUUCAAGGCUAGGAAGCUACCAGACACUUUUAAUGAAGCCAAGUCAAUCACUUUUGGCAUGCUGGUGUUUUGUAGCGUGUGGCUGUCAUUUGUUCCAACCUAUCUGAGCACCAAGGGAAAAUACAUGGUAGCUGUCGAGAUCUUUUCUAUCUUGGCCUCCAGUGCUGGGCUGCUGGGUUGCAUCUUCUUCCCUAAAUGCUACAUCAUUGUGCUGAGGCCAGACCUGAACAUAAAAGGUCAGCUUAUCAUGAGAAAAAAACAGAAAUUCUAA